CGGCUCCACUUCCCGGCUCUCUGCUGAUGGCUUCUCCGCGUCAAAAUCCGCGACACAUUUUGUCAGCAGCCACCGAGCAUGGGUCCCUUUGGUAAUAGAAUAGCCAAUGUAAUUUGACACUUCAACUUACUGCGCUCUCUCCGAGUCUAUUCAGUUACUCACCCACUGACGUUGAGCCCAUUCUCAGUGGCCGUGAGGGGGGAAGAUAUUUAAAAACAAGAGCCGAAAAUUACCGAGGACUUUCUUCGCUUAAUAACCCGGGGCAGAAGAAGUGUGCGGAAGUGUUUCUCCUCCUGGUGUGUGAAUGGGUGGGGGGGGUCCUUCGUGGUGAAGAAUCAAGGAUUGAAAUCAACGCAGAACGCUCCAGUUUAAUGGCUGGCAGGUAGAGGCCGAAGAGGGACAAUCAACAUGAACUCGAUUCCGUCGAUGGACAGACACAUACAGCAGACAAAUGACCGUCUGCAGUGUAUCAAACAGCACUUACAAAAUCCAGCAAAUUUCCAAACAGCAGCAACCGAGUUGCUGGACUGGUGUGGUGACCCCCGAGCCUUCCAGCGCCCCUUUGAGCAAAGCCUGAUGGGAUGCCUAACGGUGGUCAGCCGCGUAGCAGCACAGCAGGGCUAUGACUUGGACCUGGGCUACCGGCUCCUGGCUGUGUGCGCUGCCAACAGGGACAAGUUCACUCCAAAAUCAGCAGAAACCAACUGCUGCAGGAGGUGUCAGUCUGACUCAGCUCUUUUGUCCUCGUGGUGUGAGGAGCUGGGACGUCUCCUCCUCCUCCGUCAUCAGAAGAACAGGCAGAACGAGCCUCCGGGAAAAGUGCCCAUGCAGCCCCCUAUGAGCUCCAUGAAGCCCGGCCUCUCACACGGCAGAGAUGGGUCUUUUCCCUACGACUCAGUUCCCUGGCAACAGAACACCAAUCAGCCUCCAGGUUCGUUGUCGGUGGUGACUACAGUCUGGGGCGUGACCAACACGUCGCAGAGCCAGGUGUUGGGAAAUCCCAUGGUCAACAACAACAAUCCCAUGAACCCUGGGGGCAACCCUAUGGGCUCGGGUAUGUCUGGUAACAAUCCUGGGAUGAACUCUUCUCAGUUCCCCGGUCCUCAGCAGCAGUUCCCAAAUAAAGGCAACUCCAACCAGGGCUACAUGCAGCAGGGCAUGUACGGACGACCCAACUACCCCGGAGGAGGAGGCUUUGGUGGCAAUUACCCUGGAGGGCCUAACGCUGGACCCGGAGGAAUGGGCAUCCCUCAACACUCCCGUGCUCCGUCAGACUUCACCCAGCCUGCCGCUGCUGCUGCCGCCGCGGCAGUUGCUGCUGCUGCCGCCACAGCAACCGCUACUGCCACAGCAACCGUAGCUGCCCUGCAGGAAACCCAGAACAAGGACAUGAACCAAUAUGGACCGAUGAGUUCCUCUUUCCAGAUGGGACCAAACCAGGCGUACAACAGCCAGUUCAUGAACCAGCCAGGACCCCGCGGCCCUCCGUCCAUCCCUGGGAACAUGGGCAGUGGCAUGAAUGCAUCCAGCAUGAGCGGGCCCCCCAUGGGAAUGAACCAGCCAAGGGGCCAAGGCAUGGGGCCUUUUGGGGCUCAUGGCCAAAGGAUGCCCCAGCAAGGCUAUGCAGGACCCCGGCCUCAGGGCAUGGCUAUGCAGGGAAUGAAAAGGCCGUACCCAGGGGAGCCAAACUAUGGUGGGCAGCAGUAUGGACCAAACAGCCAGUUCCCUAACCAGCAGGGGCCGUACCCCUCACCUAACCCCUCGAGGCCGCUGCCGUCCCCUAACUACCCAGGCCAGAGGGUGCCAGGACAGCAGCUGCAGGGCCAAUACCCACCACCCAGUGGUGCCAUGGGCCAGUACUAUAAGCAAGAGCCACCUUUUAAUGGUCAAACGAAUAACUUCUCUGGGAGUGGAUAUCAGUACAGCCAGGGUAAUAUGAAUGGGCCGCCCAGACCGGUGGGUAACUACCCUCACUCCCCAGUGCCAGGCAACCCCACCCCUCCAAUGACCCCAGGAAGUAAUAUCCCUCCAUACUUGUCGCCAAACCAGGACGUGAAGCCACCCUUCCCUCCUGACAUCAAACCAAAUAUCAAUGCUCUCCCUCCUCCUCCAGCCAACCAUAACGAGGAGCUGCGUCUGACGUUCCCAGUGCGGGACGGGGUAGUCCUAGAGCCCUUCAGGCUAGAGCAUAACCUGGCUGUUAGCAACCACGUCUUCCACUUACGGCCUUCUGUACACCAGACGCUCAUGUGGAGAUCAGACCUCGAGCUGCAGUUUAAGUGCUACCACCAUGAAGACCGUCAGAUGAACACCAACUGGCCAGCUUCGGUCCAAGUCAGCGUAAAUGCCACACCGCUCACCAUCGAGCGGGGCGACAAUAAGACCUCCCACAAACCACUGCACUUGAAACAUGUAUGCCAGCCAGGAAGGAACACGAUCCAGAUCACAGUCACUGCCUGUUGCUGUUCGCACUUGUUUGUGCUGCAGCUGGUCCACAGGCCCUCAGUUCGCUCUGUCCUCCAGGGCUUACUGAAGAAGAGGCUUCUGCCUGCAGAGCACUGCAUCACCAAAGUUAAGAGGAACUUCAGCAGCGUAGCAGCGUCAUCGGGGAACGCAGCGCUCAACGGAGAGGAUGGCGUUGAGCAGACGGCCAUUAAGGUUUCCCUCAAAUGUCCAAUCACCUUUCGGCGAAUACAGCUUCCAGCAAGAGGCCACGACUGCAAACAUGUUCAGUGUUUUGAUUUGGAAUCGUAUUUACAACUGAACUGUGAGCGGGGGACAUGGCGAUGUCCUGUAUGCAAUAAAACAGCUUUGUUAGAGGGACUCGAAGUGGACCAGUACAUGUGGGGAAUCUUGAACGCCAUUCAAAACUCUGAGUUUGAGGAAGUGACUAUUGACCCAACAUGUAGCUGGCGGCCGGUAGCUAUUAAAUCUGAUAUCCACAUCAAGGAGGAUCCAGAUGGACCGCUGGCCAAGAGGUUUAAGACUAUGAGCCCCAGCCAAAUGAUCAUGCCCAAUGUGAUGGAGAUGAUAGCUCAGCUCGGCCCCGGGCCGUCACCAUACCCAUUAUUAUCUUCUCAGCAAGGGGGCAACAACAACGAAUAUGGCAGCCAAGGCAACAGUUACCAGGGGCACGGGAACUUUGACUUUCCUCACGGCACCCCUGGUGGUACAUCGAUGAAUGAUUUCAUGCACGGUCCCCAGCUGUCUCACCCACCUGACAUGCCCAACAGUCUGAUGGCCCAAGACAAGCCACUCUCACACAACAUGCCUGACUCAAUACCUCACUCUGCCGGCAAUGACCAGUCACAUGGUCCUCUGCAGAGCUUACAUGCAUCUCCACACCCUGGGAGCCAAUCAGGGCAGCAGCUACACCACAGCGGGCCUCCUCAGCCGUCACGACAAGCUCCGCCUCCUCAGCAGCAACAGCAGCCGCCCGGCCCCAACAACCAUCCCCACAGCGACCUGGCCUUCAACCCCUCCAGCAGUUUGGACAGCCAAGCAGGGUCGGACAUGCCUGAGCCAUCUAUAGACCUUCUUCCAGAGCUCGCUAACCCAGAUGAGCUGUUGUCGUACUUGGAUCCACCCGACCUCCCCAGCAAUAGCAACGACGACCUUCUAUCGCUCUUCGAAAACAACUGAGGCAAUUCAGACACACAAAAACUUUUCUGACUGCCUGCAGUUUCCCUGAGAACCCAGGGCGGUCGCUCAGUACUUGAUAAACACAAAGAUGCACUCCCUUUCUCUUCUUCCUCUUGUACAGUUUUCAUUGGCCAGCACAGAUUGACUGAAAGAGGUUAAAACUCCCAAGACACGGCGGGAUUGGGGGGGGGUCGCUCCGCCCUCCUACCCCAGUGGCGAUACUUUUGAACUGUGCAGCUAUACUCAGUCGAUUUUUUUUUUUACGCCACACACAGGUGUAUGUGUGCACAUUAGGAACGUCUUGUAGCAUUUUUUAUUCAUGGUUUGUUUCCUUUUGAGAAGAAAAAAGGAUUUCAUUGUAUAAAACUGAAAAAAUAACUGAAAAAAAACCUGCGCUAUCUGGCCAGUGUGGUCUAUGUCCAUAUUGUUAUUCCAAUCUGAGAGGCCACGGCUUCCUGGUGUCACAGCUCCAUUCCCUGACUGGUCUGGUUAGCCGCACUGUUAUGUCCACCACACAUCAUUUAAAAGCACAAGAGAUUUUGGCAAUGCAAAAAGAAUAAUCUGUCUUAACGGAAGUAUAAAAGAUCAAUUAGAUCAGCGUAUGUCUGUCCUUGACAAAAGUUUUUUUUUUGUUGUUUUUUUUUGCUCAAAAUUUUAAAAGUGUUUUUGGGAAUAAUCGGCUUCCAUUUUGUCUACAAUUGUGAUACGUACAUAUUUUUGUCAAAAAGAGAUAUCCCUGUUUUUCAGUCCUUUGAGGGUUGAAAGCUGCAACGGAGAAGAUUGUGGCCCCACUAAAAGUUUAUAUUGCAUACUAAUAGAAUAGCAGACCUGUACUUCUACAUAUGGUAUAGUUAUCGUCCUCCUUUGCAGGGAAGUGAUUUUAAUAGAAACGAAAGGUACAGUAUAAGAGAUUGGGGUUUCUGUAAAGAUCCUGCUGCGUUUAUUGCUUCCUGCUCCGACUCCUUCCGUGUCGUCUGCUCUGCAUGAGCCCCCGCUGUCGCUCGUGUCAGCAUUUUUGCAACGUUGCAUCUCUCUCCCUGUUAAAUGAUGUGCUGUUAAAAUAGUCUACAAAGUGCAUGUGUGCCAAGCCCUUGUCUAGUGCUGUUCCAAGUGGUAAAAAAAAGAUAGUGUGGUUUUUCAUCAGUUGCUGUUUCCACAGCUCUUUUUUUGUUUGUACGUUUGUUUCUGUCAGAUUUAGUAUGAUAUAUUUAACACUAACAUUGAAGGGAUAAUGCUGAUAUCAGCAAUACAUUUAUCAUGUAUUUGCUGUAUAUACUGUAUUAUGUUUGUUUGUUUUCUUGUUUUUGUUGCUGCAUAAUUAAACUAUCCAUACAUCUUUUGGGAAACUGCUCAACCUCACCAAAGUAAGAGGGAUAAGAAUGGAGAGGUUUGUGUUUGCUUGGUCCUGUGUAAGACUGCGAUUAUGUGUGAAUGUGUGAAUGUGUGACUGUGUGUUUCUAUUAGUGUGAUGGGAGAAAAUAUUGAUUUCAAAGAUAUAGGGGAGGACAAAUACAGUUUAUCCAUCACUGCUGUUCAAGAAGUGGUUUUUAAAGCAGUAUUGGUGCAGACCUUUUGCCACAUUUGUUUUCAAUUUCACUUUUUGAGAAGAGUGCUGUCCAGUAUGCAAAUGUAUUAUUUUUUAAGAAAUGCUAUUGUACUGUAAAUAUCAUUGUGAAUAUUUUUGUAUCAUCUUGAUAAUGUUUGUCCUUUGAUCAUUAGUCGUCCGACCUAACAGCGUAUGCUCCCAGACUCCCAUCUAACCACUGACUUUGUUUGUAACCAGCAUAUGACAGCUGUCUCGCCUCCUCGUUGUGGGGAAGCCAGUCCAAAUGUCUCAUAAGCUAUUUUCCUUCUUUCUAGUCACUUUCCUCCCAGCGCAUUCUGUCUCACACCUGUCGUUUAUUGACAGGUGUCCCAUUUUUUAUGUGCGCCCACACAACCCCCCCCCCACCUUUCCUGCAUCAGCUCAAGGUGAUUGUGUAGCAUCAUUUCAGUUUUCAGAUGUCAAACUCAGUUGGACGCAAUAUUUUCUUUCACGCUCAGAUGUAUUUGAUUGAAAAUGUUGUCUAUUCAUGAAUUUACGUUGACAUUUUAUCAGUGAUACUGAACAGUAAUGGUUUAAAAAAAGUUGUGGUAUCGGCUGUCUUUCAGUGUAAUUAGUGAGCUAUGUGAAUAUCAUAAUUGUUGCUAAUUGUCAAUACACAGUGGUAUUUUAAAGAUAUAUCACAACCAUAUUUUAAAGAAAUCCAUGAUAUUGUUUAUAUUUUUGUUAUAGAAAAUGUGGCUUUUUUAAAAGCACGAGACCAUAUACAUUUUUAUCCCCUUUUUGUUUUGGGUAAAUUAUUUUGUACUGGUUUUCUUAUUAAUCUGUAAGGCUAGAAAUCCAAUUUCCUUCAACUGUAGCAUUGUGCUGAUUUAACCACCCUGGUUUUAUGUAAACAUUAUUUUAAACGUCAUUUAAGAAAUAUUUGUUCCAGUUCAGCACACUGACACGUUGUUUCAUAUUUAAUGUCACAAAGAGACAUCAAAUCAAAUAAUCCCUCUUUUAACGAUACACGGCCACAUUUUAAUUUUUUUACAAUCUGAAUUGAAACUUUUGAUCAAUCCCAUGGAAGUCUUUAUCAUUUCAUAUGUUUUUCCUCACUUUCAAGUGAGCCAAUUUGGUGUAUAAGGCAGCACCCCAAAUCUGUAGUUGCACAAUCACAAUAAAUUGCCAUUUCUCUGGAGGAAGUUGUUUUAAAAAAAAAAAAAAAGGAAAAUAAAUAAAAAAAAUACAGAGAGAAAGGGCACGUUCAUCAUUCUGGCCUGGAAAGGAUGUUGAGGGCAAGGCUAGAUCAAACGUCCCAAGGAUGCCUGUAUAUAUGUAAAUGAAUAUAGAGACAUGUGAACAGAAAUGUAUUCAUUUUCCCUGGGAAUGUGCAUUGUUUCUUCAGAAUAAUAAAAAGCUUGCAACCCCUCUACUGGAAGUGGCUGAAUAUGGAAAAUUAAACUUGUUAGUUAUUGUCUGUGGGUAUCUCUCAGCAUUUUGUUCCCCCUCUGUAAUAUAUUUUCACCUCUUUUGUUAGGGGAACUGGGACAACUAUGUUUUACAUGUAAUAUUUAGCCUAAGUGUUCUAGUCUGUCAUCUGCAUUCUCUGAGUUGCAAAAGCUAAAAAAAAGAAAUAAAAAGGUUACAAAGAAAAUCGUUCGGAGGGGUGGGAGGAAGGGCGGUGGGAGGGACAGGUCCAGAAGAUUGUAACCAAAUCCAUAGUUUGUACAAUUUUUUGAUAUCAUGAGCAGUUGGAAAAAUGAUACAAUCUAAGGUGAUUCAUGCAAUGUGGCCAUUGUCUCUAUUGUGUACAUUGUAUGUACAAUCAUUUCAUAUUCUAAACUGGUCAGAAAAUAAAGGAACUAAUUGUGAUUUUUAGUCUUGCAGAACUGUAUGUAGUUAGAUGAUGUGACAACCUAAUAUUUAUCUAAUAAAUAUGUAUUCAGAUGAUCCCUGUA